AUUCUAAUUCCACAAGCUCACAGGAUUCUGGAAAGGGAGAAUUUUUUAUUAAUUGGGAACUCGGAACUGCUGGGAAAUCAGCAAAAGGAGAAGAUAAGGCCAUGUGUGAUUUUGCAAUCAGGCUGAAGACACUAGUGGAAGCGAGAGAAUUGACUGGGUUUUACUGUGAAGUGAAACGCGAAAUGGAUGGUGUUAGCAGGAGAUGUUUCUUCACAAGUGACUCUGCAAACCAGAAAGUAAAGUUCAUCAGCCAGCUGAACAAGUCUUUUGGGAGCGGUGGUGGAUUCACUUGUGCUUUUUCAGACUCCGAACUCACCAGAUUUCUCCAGUUUCUCAAACGAGAGCAUGCUUCGGAUAUUAAGAUCUCCAAGGGAACCACCGUUAUAGGAUGCCAGCCUGGUAGCGAUGUAUGGGUGUUUGGUGAUGACAUCCAUAUCAAGUCUAACGGAGAGUGCAUAUCUGCAACGGAAAGUCCCUAUGUGUGGUCACCCAAUUGCAUAAUGGCACAGUGUGACAAAGUCAGCUUCAAUGAGCUUGUGCCGAAACUUUCCAUCCAAAGCAGCUCAAUGGAACCUUUGAAGGAUCUCCUCGACGGCCUACAGAUAGCCACCAAGCACAAUUAUCCGCGUGCUCUCCUUGUUCUUGGUGGAACCAUAAUGUCUUGUCACUACACCCACAUUGCUGCGAAGUAUGGAGGAUUUCCAAUUGUGCUUGCUGUCGGACCAACUGAGACUGGCAAGUCAACUGCUCUAAAGGCUGCCCUGAGUAUUUUUGGGAUGGCCAAAGAUGCCUUUUACGUUGAAGGUUCCAAUGCUUAUUUUAUGGAAAGAAGUGCCCUCUCGUGUAUGCCAUAUGGUAUUGAUGAGGCCACUGCACACAGCAAGCAGUUGGAUGUUGUCAAGCUCAUUGUCGACCUUCAUGGAGCGGCUAAAACAGCCAAUUUGCGUCGUGGUGCGUUUCUUCCACUGUCUGUACCUGUCAUAGCAACCAAUGACAAAUUGAAGGAUGAUCCAAGAGUGAAGAGCAGAUGUGUGGAAAUUUCCUUCCGAAGGCCAAAAGUUGGUCCCUCUACCGUUGAGGAAAGAAAGUCGAGACGUGACUUAGAGAGUUCAAUCAUUAACGGAACGCCUUCUGGCAUUCUUCACUGGGUGAUUUCUCUAAGACAAGACCUCGAAAAAGAUGGAGAGGCAGAGGUGGAGAGGAUUUUGCAGCAGAUCCUUCAGCUGCCUCAGUUUAGUGAACAACCCAGACUAGCGCAAAGCUGGGCUCUUAUUCUUUACUUUACAUUCAAGAUGGUACGCGCCUGUGGGAAGGAUGAGCUGGAGAAUGAAAUAAUGGCGUGUGUAACUCUAAAUAGCACUGCAACUGAGGAAGGUACUGACAAAACUAGUUCUCUUGAAAGUGUUGUGACUGACACAGUCAGGGAAGUGCUUGAGUACUGCAAUGGAAAAGUCAUAAGACAGGUACUCACCUUUGUCAGAACAAGGUUGAUGGUAAGCAACCAAGAAGUUGUGGCAAUCCAUCUUUCUCACAACGGGCUGAAAUUUACUCAUUCCCUUGAUGAAAUUAGAAAUGCUGUCGACCAACUUGAGUGGGGGAAAGGCACGGACAGCAAAGACUUCCUGAAUCCUACCAAACAUAGUGGGACGUUAAUAAAUAGGAAAACAAGUGAUCGCGUAAGAGCUGCCAACAUCUUUCUUAACAAACUUCCUAAAAAUCUUCACGAUGUACUUAGAAGGGUGACCGACCCUGAGACUCCAUUGGCUGAAGUAAUUAAGUGUGGGCUGGAAGUGGCUGAAAAAACUCCAUGCAGUGAGGAAGAGGAAAACAGUGGGCCAGGCUUAACUACUGAAACAGAAGCUGUCGAUGGGGACAAGAAACAUGCUACUGUAACAACAUCACUGACUGAAACAGACGGUACAUCUACUGAUGGAUCUGUCGAUGAUGGGGACAAGAAACGUGCUACAAGAUCCUCGACUAUUGUGCCUCCUUUUUCCAAAAGACUUUGCAAGGGGAACAAUAUUUACUAACAAUACUGGUUGAAUAUUAUUCAGUGCGCUAAAUUAUAUAUAAGUGCACGAAAUGUGUUGUUUUGUUAUAAUCAAUCUGUUGUCGUUACGUUCUACCAUGCAUGCAUUGAAUUGACAAAUUUAAUUAUAAGACUAACUCGACUCAGCAGACUCGCUAGACUCUCCAGACUCUCCAGACUCUCCGGACUCUCCGGACUCUCCAGACUCUCCGGACUCUCCAGACUCUCCAGACUCUCAGGACUCUCCAGACUCUCCGGACUCA